CGCCGCCGCGCGCACCACUCUCGCGUAUACACCGUGCCUCAACUCUCGGCACCCCGUGACAAUCGCAUGCCCCGCUGCGCAUGAGUUCGUCUGCUCGUUGCACUGAUGAAUAUUGAGAUCGUGUUGUGAAAAAAGCGCUAAUUUUAGACUGUAUACUUUUCCAAUGGACUUACACGAAGUGAUUUUGGCGAAAACGGUUUGAUUUGGCGGCUACUUGUUACUUGUGUCAAAUAAUAUAUAUAAAAAACCGGUUACAUUGACAAAAAGCUGCUGCACUAGAUUACUGGAUGUAAUUGGAAUUGCAGAAAAUUGGAUUGGUUUCGCUGAGAUGCCCAUUGAGUAAACACAAAAAAGAUAAAAAUAAAAUAUUACUAGCCAAAACCAACCUCGUGUUAGAGAAAGUUGUAAAUUCCGAUGUCCAAGUUUCCCCCUAGUGUAAAUAUUUAUUGAAACUCGAUUUCGUAACUUUCGUUCGAAUCCACUCGUGACUUAUUGCUCUUUGCUAAUUACGUAUCUGUGACAUUUGCAUUUCGUAACGCGAGUGCUUCAGGUUAUAAUUUCCUACGCAUGGAAAAAUAAAGACUUCUCUCGAGGUCGUCUAGGAGAGAAAUUAAUAACCGAUGUCAAUCAGACUAUAUUAAGCUUGAAUUUUAAUGCCAAGGUUGACGGGGAACCCUGGUCGGACAACAGGCGCGUGAUGCGCGCACAACGCGCGUCGCUAGACGUUUACUGUAAAUAAAUAAUGACCUAAUUGUAUAUACCUCGCGUAUUCGCUAUUUCGGAUUCUGACUGAUACAACAAGAAUCACAUUCAGAGCGAUCCAUGAGGCAAGUUAACAGUGACGUACAAAAACAAUAAGGCAAUUAAAAAUUUCAUCGAACAUCAAAGAGAAACGCUAUUUAAGUUUAGUGGUUGCUUUCGAAGAUUUCUAGAGGGCCUUCCCUUUCUCUACGGACAACUAGAAACAAGCAUGCAAUCUCCGGUUGCUAUGGAAAUUGGAACCAGUCUUAAGAGAAAAUCUGAAGAGGAAUAAAUUAUAGAUGUAAGUGCAUUGUCUGUGUUGGCAUAAGGUGUACCCAAGAGAUCACAGCAAAUGAAGCCCAGUAGCAUAUUACAAGUUGAAAAUUUUCUGAUUUAUACCGAAAACAUUUACAAUGCCACAUUACGAUGAAAGUUUCAUUCAUGAUGAUAAUAAAAAUCAAAGGAAAAACAAACGAAGCUAUCGUGUUUAUAAGAGCGGCUUAAGCCCUUUGCACUUUCUGGAGCGCAGCGCACUGGCUCUUGAAGAACGAGGAACAUCGGUUAUCAAACGUAACAUUAAGAAUAUCAAGCACCGUGGUAACCGUUACAAAUCUGUAUCACCUACUGCACAACGAUCCAACCAGGCUAACUACAUCACACCGGAUAUUAUAGUAGACCAUUGUCCCCGCAUAAAUGUGUUGGAGACUAAUAAAUACAAUGACAUACGGAACAAUAACAUACUGUCCCUUGCUCCGUGUAAAAGUUUAGAUAACUUGGCACUGAAUCGAGCUAGUCGAAAGGAUAACAUAAGGAAUGGGUUCAGCUUACAGAAUCUGGCUAAUGAUGACAUUUUGAAGCAUUAUGCGUCGCCUUCUGGAGAUUGUAUGUCUUCAGUGCGUAAGGAAGAUACAAGGAAUUCAUAUUCGGUAGCGGAGGCUCGACGCCGGCCGAUGCAACGGUGCUACUCGCGCAAUACCGCCGCGCCGGGAAGUGGGGUUUACCGACAGAUAGCCUGCGACACCGACAACAAAAACGAGAGCGAGUCAAGCAGCGAAGCGGGGUCCGGACACCGCGGCUCGUUGCGUGGCGCGAACAAGCUGGCCCGGCGCGCGCGCUCCUUCAAGGACGACCUGCUCGAGCGCAUCUCCAACAUGCGCUCCCCGGCGCAGCAGCACCAUCCACCGCAUCUGCAGUCUGCGAUCAGAUCACAUUCCCCGCUUAGUCCGAGGCUUCGGAACAUGGGGACGAGGUCUGCAACCGCGGAGGAGGGGGAAGUCACGCCUGCCAAAGAACUGGAACGGCUAGUCAAAGAGGUUACAUUUGGCUUGAAACACUUUUCUGAUGUUAUUACCAAGAAGAAGCUGGAAAUGUUGCCGGAUAAUGGCACCAUCGUUUUCGAGUCGAUCGCUAAUAUCCACAAAGCCACAAAACCGUACUGCGGUAGAUCGCCACAGCUAACAAGCGCAGUGAAGCGUUUGUGUGGGGCGUUGGCGAUGCUCAUACGUCUGUGUGACGAAGUGACGGUCGUCAGUUUGCGCGCUGACGCGAGUCACGAGGAAAUGGACACGUCUGCCGAAGCCCUGUCUACUGAACACGUGAACUCGGUUGUCAAGGGGCUGACGGCGGCCGUGGACGAAGUCGCAGCCCUAGCGCAACAACACAUGACGCGGCCCGCGCUCUCGCCGCGACCAGCGCUUGUUUCGCCCCGCGCUUCCACUCAGAGAAACUCUUUGCCCGAUAUCCCAUUGACGCCGAAAGAAAGGUCGCUAUUGACCGGUGAAGGGUCUAAUGAACCAACCGGCGUGCGAGCGUCGCACUCCUCGGAAUCCGUGCUAGAUGCGCCCGAUUCACCCCCGCCAAAACCUGCGAGACCUAACAGGAAAAUCGAGUUAGCCCCACCUCUGCCUCCAAAGCGCAAGUCUGCCAACGACAACUCCCUUCUAGCUCUGUCUAUCGACCGGCUAUCACUACAGUCUCACAGCAGUGGUUCGCUGGACUCCAUGCUGAACGUGUCCAACGACGAGACGAACAACCACGACUCAAACAACCACGACCACGUGUUCGCUACGCCACCUAAUUCGGACAUAGGCAUAAUGUGCAGCUGUAACAGCGGGAAUGAGCUGCGCGCGUCUCUUGAGUCGCACGAGUCUCAGCUGCACGCGCAUGCGCAUGGCAACCACAAUCGGUAUGUCUACCAAUUCUCUAAUGAGUCUGGCUUCGUGUCAGUGGGUCACGCCGAGAUGUCCACGGAACACAGUUUCACCUCCUCGUUCUCUUCACACCACUACACUAGUCAUACUGACAGUACUUUUGACAGUACAGACUGUGUGAGCGAAAUGAAGUGCACUCUACAAAGCUUUGAACGAAGCAUGAAUAUUAUGAAUAUGAACAGUUUAUCCACGCACCAUUCGUCAAAUAGACUGGCGAGCAUAACGUCAGACGAGAGCGAGACGCCGCCGGAGCUGCCGGUGAAAACGCGCCGGAACAUUCGCGCGGACGUUCAACAACAUUUCCCCUCUGUCGAAAUCAGACAAAGCCCGGUGUGUUCGCUGCACGGCGAGGCGCGGCCGCAUACGCUCGCGGACCACCAUCCGCCGCGCCCGCCCCCGCUGCCGCUCAAAAAGAAACACAUGUUCCAAAGCGUCGCGUACAGUGUAAUGGCGUAUAUGGAGAUGUUCGGGAAUUGCAGCCAUCCGCCAAAUAACGCCGCCGCGCCGCCUGAUAUGUUCCGACACUCCAUACAUACUUAUAAUUUGGCCAGCGCCCAGCAUGCAAUUGGAGGGAUCAGCGUUCAAAGGCAACAGCAAGUUCAGCGCUCCAUCGCCCAGUCGCUCACAAUACAACAUUUCGGCACCCCUCCACUCAGUGGAUCAGAAGACAGCGUGAACAUGAUUACGUCGUCGGGCACUAGUCCUGUGCCACCAGAGCCCCCGGCGCUGCCGCCUAAGAUGAAGAAACAGCUUCAGAUGCAUUCGAGCAACGAAUUGAUACCGCCGCCGUCGCCGCGACCGUCCUCACAUAACAGUUCCGCUGACGAAACUAUUAUGAACAAUGUUAAUUCAGAUGACUCGUUUGGGAGAGGGACGACACCAUGCAAGUUUCCGCUUGAAGAUGAACUGGAGAUGCUUGUUCAGCAGCCGACACCAUCGCCCGUACCCUCACAGAGAAGCGAAAGCAGCACAGAGGCAGUGCAAUCGACAAACAACAACAGCGACAGCAAGCCGGCCCCAGUACCGGAUAGUGACGACAUCAUCCUGCACACAGACAUCGCGCAGCACCUACUGCUGAAGGCGCCCAGCAAGGACGGGCCUGAAGUGCGCGGCGGACACCCCGACGCGCUCAUCGUACUUGCCACCAAAGCAACCAAAGAGACGGACGAGUACUUCGCGUACCAGGAGGCGUUCCUGGCGACGUACCGCACGUGGGUGUCGCCCAGCGGGCUGGUGGCGCGCCUCACGCGCCGCGCGCACCACUACCGCCCGCGGCCGCACGAGCUGCGCUCCACGCUCAGCCUGCUCACCAGGGUCGUCGCUGAUCUUACGAUGGCCGACCUAGACAAACAACUGAUGCAGGAAAUAAUGAAGUUCAUCUACUGGCUGGUGGAAGCCGAGGAGUUACCCAUAGCGAAGGCACUCAGACAGAUUCUAGUCGACAAACAGAAACAGAUACACUUCCAGCAGCAAUCGAACAACCGCUACGAGUACGACACGCCGUGUUACGGCUCAGUGUCGCUGCGUCGCGACACCCUCCUAGACUUCAAAGCGACGGAGCUAGCGGAACAAAUGACGUUGCUCGACGCCGCGCUGUUCGUGCGGAUCACCACCGCAGAGGUGCUUUCGUGGCCGCGUGACCAGUCCGAGGAGAGCUCUCCAAACCUCACGCGGUUUACCGAACACUUCAAUAAGAUGAGCUACUGGGCGCGCUCGAGGAUACUUGAACAAGAUGAGGCGAAAGAACGCGAGAAAUUCGCGAACAAGUUCCUUAAAGUGAUGAAAGCGCUGCGCAAGAUGAACAACUUCAACUCGUACCUAGCGCUGGUGUCUGCGCUGGACUCGCCUCCCGUACGACGACUCGGCUGGCCGCGCGGUAUCGAUGACGCGUUGUUAGACCACUGCGCUAUCAUCGACUCCUCCUCAUCCUUCCGCGCGUACCGGCAAGCGCUCGCGGAAACGCAGCCGCCCUGUAUACCUUACAUUGGUCUAGUCCUCCAAGAUCUGACAUUCGUGCACAUCGGCAAUCCCGAUCUGUUGCCCGACGGAAGCAUUAACUUUACCAAAAGAUGGCAGCAGUACCACAUUAUGGAAAAUAUGAAAAGAUUCCAAAAAGACAGACAAUACAAGUUCAAGAAGAACGAGCGCAUCCACGCGAUGUUCAACGACUUCGAUGACGUGCUGAGUGAGGAGACCAUGUGGCAAGUGUCGGAGAGCAUCAAGCCGCGCGGCGGCCGCACGCGCGCCAACCCGCCGCCGCCGCCGCAACCGCAGCCGCAGCAGACGGCCGCCUAGCGAACACUUACACUUUGCAUUGCGAAGUAAAACAAAUCCAAAGAAAUGAAGAAAACGAAAGUAGCGGAUAUAGAGGUAAUGUUAAUGUCAUCGCGUGAUAGUGUUGGUUUGAUGAAACGUGAUUAUCUGUCCUAAAAAGGCCUAAUUAAUGUUAGUAUAAUUAUUCGUAAUUGUGCGAUUUCUCAACUGUGAUCGGUCGGAGAGCGAAUGUGGCGUGUGAGAGGGGACGGCGGGGCAACGAGACCGCUUUAACUCGAUUAAAAAUUAUAAUGCUUUCUAUGUGACACGAGUAAUGUUAUUCCAAUUUCCAAAGCCAAAUAUUAUUCUCAUCAGUAUUGGAGUCGAGUUACUGUCGUCUUUUACAUAUCAGCAUGUGACUUGCAUAGUGUACUGAACAAUCGAGUGACGCCUUGGUGUUUAGGGUUAAUGUCUUUGAUAUUCUUCUCGUUGUUGUAUUUGCCAUUGAUGUCAGUCUAUAGUAUACAUUAAAGUGUAAGCCAGCUUCGUUAAAACUAAUCAAUACAUCGAAUUAGAUCUAUUUGAGGUAGUAAGGCUGUAGUCACACUACUAUUUGACUGUCUUUUCAACGGUAGACGUUUUAGUGUUGGAUACUGCACUUUAAUGCUGUGUACGAGUAAACUUAGCGUGCGUAUACUAAAUGGGACAUAUUAUUGUUAUAUGUUAACGAGUUCAGAUUAUGAUCGGUGGUUUUAAUGAACCACGCGCCGCAAGUUAUUCAUAUAGUCUGGGCUUCCAUAGUUGUUAAUUUAAAGCAAUAACUACAUCCCAAAGCAUUACUUACAUUGUGUAGGGUGCAUCAAGCGUGAUAGAUAAUAUUUUUGUAUUUUUUUCUAUAGUCAAUAGACCGAUACAUAUCAUGAGGAGUGUGCCAAAUAUUGAAAACAGUAAAAUGUCUCAUUUGUGUGUGCCUUCCUAGAUACAUGGAGCGUUAAUAUUAUGCUAUUUGUAAUCCGCUCGUUCACUUUACUCUAUAAGGUAAAUAGUACAAGUGACUAGAACGUCUUUGAAAACUUUUCGUGCGAGAGAGUGGCGCAUUUAGAAGAAUAAUAUCGAAAUUAUAUACAUACUCCGGGCAGUUGUAACCUAACAUUAGGUUAACGAAUAUUAAAAUGAUCAAGUACAGGCAAUGCCAGUGCUAAAGAGCUCAGCCUCUACAUAUUCUAGUAUUUUAUGACAUUUUAAAUAGUGACGCAAGUUUCUAAUAAUAUAUUGCGUGGAUGCGUCUUUGCCAUUUUAUUCGUGUUGAAGUAUUAUGCAAUAUUUUUGUGUGUAUUGUGAAAUCCAAUGCAAUGUUUAUUUUUGAUAUUCAGAAAUUAUAUUUUUCCUAAAAGUUGCUACCUACAAGGUAACAAACGGUUUAUGUAUAGCAUACUUUUGAGACGUAUUGAUUAUAUUGUUCGUCAAGAAUUUUGUCGUUCUUCUUGAUACUAAUACUAAAGUUAAGCUUUACAUUCAGUACAAGCUUCGGGGCAUUGGUGAGGUGUUAUGAUGAAUUUUUGGGACGUAUUUACUAGAAGUUCACUUGGUUGGAUAGCCUCGAUAUUAACAAUAAUCGCAUUUUAAAGUAAUUGUAGGAGAGAUAAACAAUAGUGUAUUCAGCAUUUACUUUGCCUUAAGACGAUGAUGUCUUCAAUGAAAUAGCAAUAAUUUUUGAUUGUUGGUAGAUUCGCUGCACAUUUUGUGAUACUAUUCAUGUAGCGUGCCGCUUACUACUCAGUCUUAUUGACGUCCUCUAUACGUAGACAAUUAUAUUAGGCAAAUUUUAGCCCGUAAGAGUAAAUAAACCCCAGUAAGUAUAUCUAUUGCCAGAAACAGUAUUACUCGUAUCCGUAUCGUGACGAUAAUACGAAAGUUAUUGAAUUUUCUUGUGGGAAUAGCAUUUUGCUAAGAAUAUGUCCAUGGUAUAUUGUUGUUAUUCGGCGCGCGUGUCACAUAAUAUGUGCGUCAUGGCUACGGAGGUGUAAUACUGCCCUGACAAAAUUAAUGAGUAAAUAAUGUAAUUACAUCGAUCUGGUAGUUCGUGUAUUGUUUGAAAAGGGACAUUAGUUCCAUGCAAUAACUAACUAGACCAAUAUUUAGACACGUUUUACAAUGCUUUACUGCAAUUAUGUGCUGAUAUUGUAUUUUGUAUGUAUGAUAAAAUAAUUUGGAUUGUUAGUUAAGUUGGUAGGUUACCAUUUUUUCUGGUAUUAUUAUUUAUUUAAUGAAUUGUGAAGUUUAUUAUACAAUGGAUUGAUAUAAUUAUUAAUUGAAAUAUAUUAAAGACUGCCUAAAUUAAUUAUUCAGUAUAUUUGACGUGUAAAUUAGUGUCAAAAUUUGUUAGAUGUCCCGUUAUGUGUUUGGUUUAGGGUAGAUCUGCAUAGUGGGUUACAUAGCAUGAGGUUUGUCACAAUAAUCACUAUUUAUUACGUCAUUAGAAUAAUAAAGGAAGCACGAUUAGUAAACAGCGUACAUAUUUGUGUUGUAUUAGCAAGCUCAGUAUUAUGUUAUGAUGAAAUGCCAUAAUGUAUCAAAUGGAUUGAAACAUUUAUUUUGUCGUUUAUUCAAGAAUAAUUAAAUCUUUACUUUAAGUAUUUUUUAUAUUUGAUAGAAUACAUUUUAUUGUACAUUACGUUUAUUGAGUUAUACAUAAAUCCAUAUUAUAUCUGAAUUGCAUGCAUGUACAGUUUAAUUUUUGUGUGUCAAGUUUUUUUGUAAUUAUUUUGUAAAAUAAAUAUAGCACGUUAUUUACAACAUAAA